UUGAAUACAAAUAAUAGUAUUUUUGAUAUUUAUUCAAAACUUAUUCAGUAUUUAAAAGUUAAGUGUUUGGCAUUUGUUUAUUAAGUAAUAGACUGAGUGUCGACACAAUUGAGUGAUGAAUGAAAGUGACAGACAAAACAUUGAGGACAACAUCGAUGUCCUCACAGACCUAUUGGAUCUCAACUCAAACCUAUUGAAUCAAUUGAUAAACAAAAACAUAUUCACUCAAUACAUGAUCAAUGAUAUCAUGCGAGUUGAGAGCGAAAGUGAUCGCAAAAAGAGGUUUUUAAUGGAUUUGUGUCGUCGCGGACCUGAAGCUUGCGAUACGUUUGUUGAAGUACUGUAUGGCGUGGAUCAGAUGGAUGUGGCAAAAAAACUCAGACCUAACUCUUUCAAAACAGCCCUAACACAGGAUGAGGUGAUCGAGAAUAUAACAUCUUCUCCGGCAGAAUCGGCAUCAACUCUUGGAUUUACAAAUUUAGGACUCAAUGAUGGCAGUGGUGGUGACCCUUCAGCCACUGAUGGACUCAUUGAACACAAUGAAUACCUGUCAACAGUGCAGAAGUGUAAAAAGCCAAUGAUUGGCAAAAACAUAUAUCCAAUGAAUCGCAAUCCACGAGGAUUUUGUAUUAUUUUUAAUUUCGAUAAAUUCGUUAAUUAUCCCCAAAGACUGGGCUCUGAAACGGAAACGAAACGUUUGAAUGAUGUUUUCAGUCAACUUCAGUUCAAAGUCAUUGUCGAGACUAACCUUACGAGAGAAAGAAUGCAAGAAAAACUUCACGAGUUGUCACGUAAUGCUGAUCUAAGAGAUCACGACUCUCUUGUCAUUGUUAUUCUGUCACACGGACAGAGCGGGUUUGUCAUCACAUCCGAUGGAUAUGGGUUUCAAUUUGAGUCCAUUAUAGAGACGUUCAACAAUGAAAAAUGUCCGCAACUAAUAAAUAAACCGAAACUUUUCUUUUUUAACUGUUGUCGCGGAGAUAAUCACGACUCUGGACCAAAGCAUGUAUUUGAAGGCAUGGAAGCGGCCGUCAGUGAUGCCAAACCAUUUACUUCCACUAAAGUUCCACUCAAUGGAGAUAUUAUGAUCUGCUAUUCAACUAUUGAUGGUUUUGUGUCUUGGAGGAAUGAAGGUACUGGAUCAUGGUUUGGAACAGCUCUAAGUCAAGCACUCAUGAAAUAUGCCCAUUCCUUUGAUUUACAUCAAAUACUUACAAUGGCAUCGGAGUUUAUCGACAAUAAGAUUACAGAGAACGGAGAGAAACAAGUGAUGGAACACAUAUCAAGAGGUUGGAAGAAAUUGUUUUACUUUAAUCCGGGCUAUACUUGCCAUUCAAACGACAACUCAAUUCAUUGAUUGCAUCCAUAAUCUAAUCAAAUGUCUUAUUUGACAAUUUUAUUAAUAGUUUGCUCAAACAAUAAUGUAUUUAUACUGUCAUUAGUUCAUUAUUUUUAUCAAAUAUUCAAAACCUUAAGUGCCAUUACCGUACUUACUAUAUAUUCCAUAAUUUAAACAGUGAUAUCAACAAAAUCAUUAAGUGAUAGCCAUAUAUUUUUACUAAACGCUACAAAUUGUUUUAUAUCAAAUUUCGCAAAAAAAUAGUUU